AUGCUCCGCCUGCACUCGCGCCCGCACGUCUUGCAUGACAAGGCCACCUGCAACACCGCGACGCCGCCGAAUCAGAUCUGCGACAGAGACGGCGGCCCAAGCCAUUCCAGGACCAGCGGAAUCAGCCUUGGAGGGAUUUCUGGUGGAGGACGAGGGGAAUCCACGUUAUUCCAAUAUGGAAUGAUCUAUCUCAGGGAGAUAAAGCUGCCUGUGCCGUCGACCACCGAGCAUUUAGUAAACUCAGCUAGAGUGGAAUGUCCACCAGCAACAAGGCUGGUCUGGGGUCUCGCUGGGUAUAAGUCUGUCCGAGAGUAUCAUCCAGAUACUUCACGAAUCUUCAGGCUCUGGCAAGUGUUUCUCGAUAACGUUCAUCCGUUGUCUAAGGUGCUUCAUGCGCCCUCAAUUCAGAGACAAAUCACAGAUGCUAUCUCUUGCUUGGACUUCGUGUCUCGUGGUUUAGAAGCUUUGAUGUUUGCUAUUUACCUUACAGCGGUUACCUCAUUGACAGAUGACCAAUGUGGGUCCCUUCUGGGAAAACCGAAAGGCAUACUCCACCAAAGGUUCGUUGCUGCCACAGAGCAGGCAUUGGUCAAUGCCGAAUGUCUCAAGUCCUGUAAUUUGAUGGUUCUGCAAGCGAUGACCCUCUACCUUCUAUGCAUGCGCCAGUAUCAUGAUCAUCAGUCCCACUGGCUGCUCACUGGACUUGCGUUCCGAAGCGCACAACGAAUCGGCCUUCACAAGGAGACGAUGCUCUCUAACCGAAUUUCACUUUUUGAGUCAGAGAUCCGUCGUCGUCUAUGGUGGCAGAUCUUGACUCUUGAUUUUCGUGCUGCACAGCUUUCAGGAUUCACAAUGGACCUCCAGGCCCGGGAAUACUUUGCAGUACGAUGCCCAGUGAACGUAAGUGACUCUGAGUUGUACCCAGAAAUGGGGGGGCUUCCUCCAGGUGUCGGUACGCACGGAACGGAAAUGCUCUUCUGUUUGAUGAGAUACGAGUCUGCUCAAUUUAUAGCUUCUUCACGGAUGACUGGGGAAGGGGCCAGCAAAGCAGUCGACGAAUUUGCUCUAUACCUUGAGUCCAAAUUCAUCCAAUUCUGUGACGAGAAUAUUCCGCUCCACCUACUCGCUAAACUUUUUGCUCCAAGUAUAAUUGCACAAUUACGUAUCAAGGGUGCCCAAACUCGCCAAAGAUUGGAUGGUCACAACCAUCACCUUAUUAUGGACACUGACCGACGCGCUCUCCUGGCGUGGAACGUCGAAGUGGUCGAAUGCACCCACAAAAUAUAUUCGACCGACAAGUUACAGCCAUAUCUAUGGUUUAUGCAUACACUAUUCCCGUUCGAGUCGUUUGUGCAUGUCUUGAUGGAGCUACAGCACGGGCACGUGGUAAAUCUUGAUAAUGCGUGGAGUGCUAUCGAUGCUGUCUACCGUGUUUUUAUGGACGCGGAUUGGCUACCAUGUCAAAAUCCGAAUGACUUGAUGUAUGUUGCUGUGGGUACAAUGGCGUUGAAAGCUUGGGAGGCGCAGGCUCCGCGUAGAGGCGAAGAGCCAAGGUGGGUUGUUUCUUUGAAAGAAAAGCAUGAAGCGAGGAAACGAUAUUUGUCAGGUCCGAGUGUAGUGCCAGCGGAUUAUUCUCUAUUUGACGAUACUGACCCUCAGCUUUUUGAUACUGAUGUAGCGAGUUGUUUCGAGAAUUUGGAUAUCAACUGGGGGUACUGGACGCAGGUAUCGGGUGAUCCAUAG